UUGUUUUCUAAAUUCAAUUUCUUAAGAAAUUAAGGUCAAAAAUAUAAUUUUCCUUAAGUUUGUUGCAAUUUUAUGAAAGUAUCAGGCCGCUAAUGGGUUCUUCCUUGGUCGUCUUCGACCGCUGCUACGGAGGAAAUAAUCCCGGAAAACUUCGCCCGCCGGAAAUUCUAAAGGGAACGAGACAGCUUCCGGCAACGUGAAUCCUGACCAUUUGGGUGUAUUGUUCGGAAAUAGGAAGCAAAAGAAGAGGAAUAAAGAGGUCACUGAAGAAACCAGUUCCAAACUGUUCUCAAUCAAUUUGUGUAGCCAGUACAUGCCUUGUACAAUUGUUUGCAGAAUUUUUGAAUCAUGCCUCACAAGAUUGCCCAAAUUCGUCUUGUAAGUUCACAUCCAGAAGUCUAUGAACCGUGUGAUGAUUCAUUUGCAUUGGUUGAUGCACUCCUAGCUGAUCGUAAAAACUUGCUUGGGCACCGUCCCCAUGUUUGCUUGGAAAUUGGUUCUGGUAGCGGGUACGUUAUUACUUCACUUGCCCUUCUGCUCGGAGAGGGAGAAUGUGAUUCUUACUUCGUAGCAACAGAUAUUAAUCCUCAUGCAUUGAAAGUGACUACUGAAACCCUCAACGCACAUGGAGUUCAUGCGGAGUUGAUAAACACCAACAUCGCCUCAGGACUAGAGGCUCGAUUGGCAGGAUUGGUGGAUGUGAUGGUUGUAAACCCGCCUUAUGUGCCAACACCAGAAGAAGAAGUCGGUUGUGAGGGGAUUACCUCUGCUUGGGCUGGUGGAGAAAAUGGAAGAACUGUGAUUGAUAAGAUUUUACCUGUAGCAGACAAACUUCUCUCUGAUAAGGGUUGGUUAUACAUGGUUACACUUACAGCAAAUGACCCUUCUGGUUUAUGCAUAGAAAUGAAGAAGAAAGGUUACGAAUCUCGAAUUGUUUUGCAAAGGUCAACAGAAGAAGAAAGUCUCCAUAUAAUCAAAUUUUGGCGAGACCCUGAGGCAUUAUUGGAGGCAAAUGAAGCAAAAAUGUCAAAUAAAGGAGGUAGUGGUAAUGGUAUCGGUUCAUUGCUUUCUCAGCUUUCACAUAUGUCUUUCUGGAGAAAUGACAAAUAACUUUGCUGCACAAAUGUACUGACUGAGAAAUUUUAGAUAAUGAUAACCUUAGUUUUAGCAGAACAGAAUGAAGUUUUAUUCUAUGGACAUGAAACAAUACAAGACUCGAAAAGUGCGAUUGUCUUUCUACUUGUCAAAAAGUAGUAGAUUUAGUUUCUUCGUGAAGUAGUAGUAGUCUUAUAAUGAAUGUAAAUUUGUUGAAUUGAAAAACAAGGUCGAAUUAUUAAAUAUGUUACGGAAAGAAUUUAAUUUACCGUCUGUA